GCGGGAGGCAGCGCGGCGCGGCAGGCACAACCGCCCGGCGGAGGCAGCAGGGCUGGCGGGCGGUGGCUGCGCCCGGGCCCUGCUGCCCCGGCCCCGCCGCGGCAGGCUCCGCCCGUCGCUCCCAUGGCGCGGGGGCUCCGCGCCAGGUGAGGCUGCGCUGCCUGUUGCGCCGCUGGAGCGCGGACCGAGCCGCGCUGAGCCGAGCGGCAGCGUUAGGGGUGACACGCCGCGAAGUUUUGCGGGGAGGCGCCGCUCUGCCAUGUGAGUUGCGGGGCCGCGCUGAGGGGCGGCAGCGCUGGGAGGAAACUCGACAGGGAGAGAGGGAGGCGAGCAGAGCUGCUGCUGCCGCCGAGGGGCUACUGCCGUGCCCCCAGCACUGACAGGCGAGGGCCAGCGGAGAUACUCCCGAGCUCCUGGCUCCCCGUGUGCUUCUAAAAAGAGUAUUGACCAUGAGGAAGCCCAUGUGAUGGUCCACUAAUCACACUGAAGAAAAUGAAGCCACGUUUCAGCUUUGCCGAUCCUUUUCCCACCACUGUUGGCUGAAUGAGAAAUGGUAGUGUGAUUAUGCUGACACCCCAGCAUGCAUUUGGUAGACCUGUGGUUAACUCGUUCCCUCUCCAUGUGUCUGCUCUUACAAAGUUUUGUCCUCAUGAUACUGUGCUUUCAUUCUGCCAGUAUGUGCCCAAAAGGCUGCCUCUGUUCUCACUCUGGAGGUCUGAAUGUCAGCUGUAGCAAUGCAAAUCUCAAGGAAAUACCCAGAGAUCUCCCUCCAGAAACAGUCUUACUUUAUUUGGACUCCAAUCAGAUAACAUCUAUCCCCAACGAAAUUUUUAAGGACUUGCACCAACUGAGAGUCCUCAAUUUAUCAAAAAAUGGGAUUGAGUUUAUAGAUGAACAUGCCUUUAAAGGGGUGGCAGAAACCUUGCAGACUCUGGAUUUGUCCGACAACCGGAUUCAAAGCGUGCACAAAAACGCUUUCAACAACUUAAAGGCCAGAGCCAGAAUUGCGAACAACCCCUGGCAUUGUGACUGCACGCUGCAGCAGGUGUUGAGGAGCAUGGCCUCCAACCACGAGACGGCCAACAAUGUCAUCUGCAAGACUUCUGUUCUGGAUGAGCAUGCGGGGAGACCAUUCCUCAAUGCUGCCAAUGAUGCUGACCUCUGCAACCUUCCUAAAAAGACUACCGAUUAUGCCAUGCUGGUCACCAUGUUUGGCUGGUUCACCAUGGUGAUCUCAUACGUGGUUUAUUACGUCCGGCAAAAUCAGGAGGAUGCAAGGAGGCACCUUGAGUACUUGAAAUCCCUGCCAAGCAGGCAAAAGAAACCAGAUGAAGCCGAUGACAUUAGCACUGUGGUAUAGUAUUCUGAAUACAAUGACUGCCUUUGUGAUGGAAACUAGAUUUGGAUGACACUAAAACCAGAGGUUUACUUCUAACAUUCAUUGUAAACAUUGAGACUUUUGGGUUUUUUUUUCCUGUUUAACUGAAUUACGCCACUGUUGGGCUUUCUAACAGAAAGUUUUGUCUGGGUGGUAUACUUUAAUCAUUUCUCUGGUGGUACCCUAAAGCAAGUGAAUUAAUGUGUAAACAUUAGUUUAGACCCAUUCCACUAUUUAAUAACGAAAUUUAUUUUUUUAAUUUAAAAACCAAAUAAAAGCUCAAAUUUGAACCAUG